CCCUCUAACUAUCUUUAAUUUGCUUCCCAAUCUCCUGUCCUGUGGGAACAUGAUUUUGAUACACAUUCUACUACUCUGCUUGGCAGCCCUCUUCCUCCGGCUGGGGUGGCGGUACUGGUCAGCCACGGGCCGAGAGCCAAGAAACCUCCCACCAGGGCCACCAGGGUGGCCACUGGUCGGGAAUUUAUUCCAAGUUAUCCUUCAACGCCGCCAUUUCAUUUAUGUGGUACGGGAUUUACGUGCAAAAUAUGGCCCAAUUUUCACCAUGCAAAUGGGACAACGUACUCUAGUGAUCGUCACCAGCUCAGAGCUCAUUCACGAAGCACUCAUACAGAAGGGCGCGGUCUUUGCGAGUCGGGCUCCUGAUUAUUCCCCCAUCCGGCUCAUAUUCAGCGUUGGGAAAUGCGAAAUCAACUUGGCUGAGUAUGGACCUCUGUGGCGCUCCCUCCGCCGCAACUUUUUGUCGGAGCUGAUGAACCCUACGAGAAUCAAGCAGUGCAGCUGGAUCAGAAAAUGGUCGGUGGACAACCACAUGAAACGGCUUCAAGAUGAGGCUUCCCGAGUGGGCUACGUGGAGGUGAUAGGCAAUUGCAGGCUCACCACGUGCAGCAUUCUUGUUUGCUUGUGCUUUGGUGUAAAGAUUUCUGAAGACCGCAUCAAAGCCAUUGAAAGGAUAAUAAAAGAUAUCCUGCUAAUGAGGACACCAAAGCUGCUGGACUUCUUGCCGGUGCUGACCCCGCUGUUCCGCCACCAGGUGAAAGCAGCGAAGGAGCUGAGGAGGAAGCAGAUGGAGUGUUUGGUUCCGUUGAUUAGGAACAGAAAGGCUUUUGUAGAGAGCGGAGGACACCCUAACGCCACCACUUCAGAAAUGGCAAGUCCAUUGGGCGCCGCCUAUGUGGAUUCGUUGUUCAAGAUCGAACCACCAAGCAGAGGCAGGCUGGGGGAAGAAGAAAUAUUGACGCUCUGCACUGAAGCUAUAGUUGCCGGCACUGACACCAGCGCCACCGCACUUGAAUGGGCUUUACUCCAUUUGGUUCAAGACCAAGAAAUGCAAGAAAUACUCUACAAAGAGAUUGUUGAGUGCGUUGGCAAAAAUGGUGCUAUUACAGAGAGUGAUGUCGAGAAAAUGCCGUAUCUUGGAGCUAUAGUGAAAGAGACAUUCAGAAGACACCCGCCCAGCUAUUUUCUGCUGUCACAUGCAGCCACAAAGGAGACUGAGCUAGGCGGAUACACAAUUCCGGCAGGCGUGAAUGUGGAGAUCUACACGAAGUGGUUGACGGAGGACCCUGAAAUGUGGCAAAACCCUAGCGAAUUCCGGCCGGAGAGGUUCUUGACAGGUGACGGCGUGGAUGUGGAUAUCACGGGGUUGAGAGGAGUGAAGAUGCUGCCAUUCGGGGCGGGCCGGAGGAUUUGUCCCGCCUGGAGUUUGGGCACAUUACACGCGAAUCUGUUGCUGGCAAGGAUGGUGCAGGCGUUCAAGUGGAUCCCCAUUCCGGAUCAUCCGCCCGACCCGACUGACACAUUCGCAUUCACUGUUGUUAUGAAGGAUCCCCUCAAAGCAAUAAUUCUGCCCCGGCAAAAUUAAAGAAGAUUUGAGUAAUUGAUUGUGCAGACAUUAGAAAUGUCUCCUUCCUUGUUCCGCUUCCUCAAAUAAGUGCUAUUUUUAGGAUGAUGAUUCGGAAGUCACGUAGGCUAAAUGCGAUUUUCCUUAUUCAGAAGAGGGGAAAUUCCCAAAAUCCAGUA